UAUAUAAACAAUGAAAAAUGAUCAUUCGCCUGUAAAUCAAUAAACUAAGGGUAAUUUAAACAAUCAGAAUUCCUCUCCAAGAAAACAAUAUGCUCCUUAAGAUACAAUGUCAUAGAUUAUACAAUACAAUCCUUAAUCUUCAAAUCUGAAAUCAUAAUCACCACACAGACCAAAAGAUUAACCAAAACAAAGCUUCUAUUUUAUUCAGGAUAAUGGUUAACGAUAAUAAGAAACAUCCUAAAGGUUUAAUGAAGUUAAGAAUAAUUACAAUAUUACUAAGCAGUUAACAGAUAGAAAUGAUAAAUAAAGAAAGCAAGUUGAUUUAUCUAGCAAUGUUUUUGAGAAUACUAAAAAUCUAGAUAUGAUUGCUAAAUCCCCCUAAAAUUAAUAAGUAAUUAAUACAUCAGUUUAAUGGACAAAUGUGCAUUAUGGUAAAAUACUCACAUCUGUAAAUGAGAAAGCAGAAUUUGGAAAAGACUAUGCUAAGUAAAGGAAACGUUAGGAAUAACAAGAAUAAUAUUAAGAGGGCCCUAAACAUUAAAGCCCCUCAAAGAUAAUAGAGAAUGAGGUUAAUAUUAAGUCAAAGAAAUAAAAUUAAUAAUUCUCUGAUAUUUUUGGACAAGAAUUGGGAAACAAAGAAAGAAAGUGGUUAAGACCAUAACGUAGUCUUUCUCCUUAGAUUAAAUGGAAUACUUUUGAUAGCACUAGAGAUUAUAAGGAUUUUGGGGAUAUGAGUAUUAAAGUAAAAAUUUAUUUUACAGAAUAAAGGAGUCUAAAUUACGUACAUUAUAAACAGAGAAUUCAAAAGAUAAUUAGAAAAAUAGCCAUAAAUUAAAUCAUCCUAUGACAUCUCCAUUUUUUGAUGUAAAUAUAUGAUUGUUAUUUUGAUAGUGCCAAAUUUCAUUUGAUAAGAUAAAAGGGUAAUACAAAUAAUAAAAUUAAUUAAAAUUUGGAGAAAAUGCAUCUUAAAAGAAAUUCGGAUAAGAGAAAAAGAUUGAAUAAAGUAGUAGUAAUAAAAAGUACGAUGGAAUUUACUCAUGGAAAAACAACUAUUAAAAAUGA